AUGGAUAAGAAUUGGAUACUUAUUAAGAAUAGGAGAUUACCAGAAUACUUGACCGGUAUGGAACAAUUUUUAAACUAUGCAUUUUCCAAUCCUGAGGUUGGUGUAACAAUCCAGUGUCCGUGCAUUAAAUGUAACAAUGUGCUUUGGAAAAUGAGAGAAGAAGUGGAGUUAGAUUUACUUAAAUGGGGAAUAGAUCCAACAUAUGAUAGGUGGAUUUUUCAUGGUGAGUCAGAUUCAUCUUCGGAUGAUGAAAUAAAUUCUGGUGCAGAUUCAGAUUUAGGCAAUGACGAUGCUUCCACUUUUGAAAUGUUACAUGACAUGUAUCGUGGUUUUCCUUCUAAUAAUUAUGAGUUUGAUGAGACCAAUGAGUCUAGAAACGAAGAGCCUAACACAGAAGCAAAGAGUUUUUAUAGUUUAUUAAAGGACACAAAGCAAAAGUUAUAUCCAGAUUGUCAAAAGUUCUCGAAACUCUCUUUUGUAAUGCGCCUUUUUCAAAUGAAGUGUCUGCAUGGGUGGAGUAAUACUUCGUUUGACUCAUUGUUGAAAUUAUUGGGUGACACUUUUCCGAAAGAAAAUGUGCUCUCUAAUUCUAUUUAUGAAGUUCAAAAGAUCAUUAAAGAUUUGGGUUUAGAUUAUGUAAAGAUAGAUGCAUGUGUUAAUAAUUGCAUCUUAUAUAAAAAGGAAUAUGCAGAUCUUGAGCAAUGCCCUAAAUGUGGUGAGAAACGAUGGAUAGUAAGGAAAGAAAAAGAUACUAAUGAUGAGGUUGCUUCAAGAAAUUUGACUAAGAAAAAUAAAGGAAUUUCUAGAAAUAUUCUUCGAUACUUUCCUUUGAUACCACGAUUACAACAGUUGUAUAUGACAAAACAAAUGGCCGAAGAUAUGAGGUGGCAUAAAAAUAAGCGAGUUGAGGAUGGAGUACUAAGGCAUCCAUCUGACUGA